UCUCUGUUCUAGGCUCUAGCCAUGCUAGCUUCCUCAUCAAUGCAUGCAUGCGCAUCCAUUUCUUCCAUCACAAGCUUGCAUGCCUGGCUCCCUGUAUGCCAUAUGCAAACGCCCAUGAGAGUCAUGGUGGCCUUCGCGUAUGGCGUACGAGGAGCCAUGCAUAAUGUGUAUUUCUUGAUCAAAUCAUGGAGGAAGUCCGAUCAGCUAGCAGCUGCCUUGUAUAACUGUCAAAUAUAUGGUCAAUCUGCCUACUCCAUCGUCCAAAUUGUCAUAACAGGGGAUCGAGCGCAGGUCGAGUGCGAUCGAUCGCAGGAUCGGUCGCAGUACCAGAAGCUCCAGUUGAGAAUCAGGGUAAUUUGAGAUCGAUCGCAGAUAGGCGUUCAAAGCAAUCUCACAGCUAUAGGAAAGCUGAAACUCAAUAUGGAAAGAUUCUCUAUAUUCCUCAACCUCCUAUGACAGCAUGUAAAGUAGGAUUGGGAGUAUCAACUGGCUGUAAUCAAAUCGUUUGUAAAAGGAAAGAGGCUCAAGAAUUGAAAGACUUGGAGACCAAGCUAGCCAAUGAGAAGAUCUCCUUUUCCUUGUAGUAAAUUGAUUUAUUGCAGAUUCUGAUUUUAGGGUUAGCUGUGUCUUAUGUCAAGUUGUAUAUAUAUUACACCAAUGUAAUUGUAAAAGCUUCCACAGUUUCACAGUAUCAUACUAGUAGACAUUUGUUGGUGUUGUUUGACAAAUAUAGAUUAAAUGUGUACAUUUAUUUUUAGUAAAGUAAGCAUUAUCAUAACUCAUUGUGCAUUCGUCACAAA